AUGAUCCAUCCGUCGGCCUCCUCGGGUUCCCUAGGCCUUUACAUUCCUCCUCUAGGCUCUUGGGCAGGCAACCGCGUCAUCUGCGCAGUGCGGGCCAAGCAGCCUCAAGAAAAUCGGCAACGUAGCCUUCCCAAAGAAACAAAAAAAGAUAGCGGUGGCCCUGUUAUCUAUCCACCAACCACGCAGCGCACGCGUCUACAAAACCUGACCACGCUACACCAGCGUCUGCCCACACGUGCAAAAAGCAAGGCACUGGCGUCUGGCGUUUAUCUACCCAAGGCUAGCCAAGGCCCAAGGACGAAGCAAGGCACCCCACCCAAGCUCAAGGCACGUCGACGCGUCAACCGGCGUGACAGUCAACACUCAAGCUUGUCAUUCAAUAUUCAACUGCCAUUGCCGGCUCACCUGUUCUCAGUCUCCAAGCAGGCUGUUCGAUUCCACUCGAACCAGAAAGCUCAGGUACAUUGUGACUCCCGUCGGGACUUGGUCAUGAGGCCGAACUUGAAAGUUCAAGGUGACAGCCGUUCAACUUACAACUAUGCAAGUCAACAAUACCACAAGUCAAAACUCAUAUCUGAAUCCUACAUCUGCAGGUCCUCGCCGCGCGUGCUGUAUGACGACACGCGUACCACUGGCACUGGCGUCGGAAUUUUUUUUCGUGUUGAAAAUAAUUCUAAUCCUACACGGUGUCCGGCAACUAUAGCCCAGCGGGCUCUGCCUUCAAAACAAAGUUUUAUCACUACUGCAACACUCACCGCGACACCAACUAUAUCCCACUCCAAUGAUCCCACUCACCCCGUCCGGCCACUGACUCUGGGAAACACACCAUGUUCUAUUCAUAGCAUCACUGCUCUCGCGGCAGAACCCUAG